AGACUAGUAAAAGGUAAAGAGAAAUUGAUUUUUACAAUCAAGGUUAGGUUAGGUUAGGUUCCCUGCGUUAUCCUCUUGUUCCAGUUCCAUGGAAAGUGUUGUCCAUGGCUUCUUCGUUUCACCACCUGCUGCUGCUGCUGCUGCUGACCACAAGCUUCGAUCGCCAUACUUGACUCCUAAACCAUUACUCACUGCAUAUAAAACCCUACCAUUCCCUUCACAUUCGCUCUCUUUUUCUCACUCCAAAGUUAGUUCAGUUUUGUCCGCAACACCAGAUGCAGGAGUUAGCACUGAAACAGGCGUAUGGGCAAUGCAAGAUUUUUAUACUUUAAGGAAGGAAGUUGAGGCAACCUCGAAGCGUGUUGAAGAAAUUAGGGCUUCUGCUGGUCUGGAGCAAUUAGGAGAAGAAGUUGCUAAGUUAGAGAAAGCAGCAGCAACUGAUUCUUUUUGGGACGAUCGCUCAUCCGCUCAACAAACACUUAUGGCUCUCACGGAUGUUAAAGACAAGAUAAAUCUUCUCAACGAGUUCCAAACCAUGGUUGAUGAUGCAGAAACCAUAGUUAACCUAACAGAAGAGAUGGAGUCAACUGAUACCGCACUUCUUGAAGAGGCUGCCACCAUUGUUAAAGAAUUGAACAAGGCUUUGGACAAGUUUGAGCUGAGUCAGCUUCUAUCGGGCCCUUAUGACAAAGAAGGUGCUGUUAUCAAUAUAACUGCUGGUGCUGGAGGUACCGAUGCACAGGACUGGGCUGAUAUGCUUCUAAGGAUGUACGUAAGAUGGGGAGAGAGACAAAGAUACAAAACAAGAGUGGUUGAAAAGUCAAUGGGAGAAGAAGCUGGGAUCAAGUCAGCUACAAUCGAGGUCGAAGGUCGAUAUGCGUUUGGAUAUUUGUCUGGUGAAAAAGGAACACAUCGAAUUGUUAGACAAUCUCCUUUUAACUCAAAAGGUCUUCGUCAGACAAGCUUUUCUGGCGUUGAAGUGAUGCCUCUUCUUCCAGAAGAUUCACUAAAUGUUGAAAUACCAGAGGAAGACCUGCAAAUAGGGUUCUCGAGAGCUGGUGGGAGCGGUGGUCAGAAUGUUAAUAAAGUUGAAACCGCUGUUCGGAUAACCCAUAUUCCAACCGGAGUAACCGUUCGUUGUACAGAAGAAAGGUCUCAGCUAGCUAACAAGAUCAAAGCUUUAAGCCGUUUGAAAGCAAAAUUAAUGGUGAUCGCAGUAGAACAACGUGCGUCGGAAAUUAAACAGAUACGAGGAGAUACAGUGAAGGCAGAUUGGGGGCAGCAAAUUAGAAACUAUGUAUUCCACCCUUACAAGCUUGUGAAAGAUGUAAGAACAGGAUAUGAAACGACAGAUAUAGUAUCAGUAAUGGAUGGUGAGUUAGAUCCCUUCAUCAAAGCCUACCUCCGCUUCAAGUACACUCAAUCCAUGUAACCCCAUUUACCUUUUUUACAAAUUUUAGAGUAGGGAUCAUGUUGUUUGAAUAUUUCCCUCAGUAACACAUAAAAAGUGACAUCUUCAUGAAAUAUAUAUAAAAAAGCCAGUUAAUGCUGAUAUGUUGGAUUUACACAACUUCACUUGGAACAUAUAUUUAUAAUGUAAACUUUCUGUAAAGUAUUACACAUGCUUAACAAUGCAAGGUCAUUCUUCUUCAUAA